AUGUCAACUAAAGUAAAACUAUCAAACGAUAAACUAAACCUCAAAGGAAAAACAGCUGUGAUCUCAGGUGGUACUCAAGGUAUUGGAAAAGCAGUAGCUAUUAGAUUUGCUCAAUUAGGAAUCAGUCAAGUUUAUCUUAUUGGUAGAAAUUCAAAAUUAGGUGAAUCUGUUUGUGAUCAAGUUAAACAGAUUGGUGAGAAUCAAAAUUCAUUGAAAAGUGAUUGUUUAUUUAUUCAAGCUGAUCUUUCAACGGUUGAAACUAUUAAAGAAACUGUAAAGAAGAUUGAAAAUGAAACUAAAGUUGAUGGAAUUGAUUAUCUCGUGAUGAGUCAAGGAGGACCACCUAAUGGAUUAUAUGAAGAAACAAAAGACGGAUUUGAUAAAUCGUUUGCAGUACAAGUUCUUUCUAGAUUCGGUUUACAGAACGGUUUAAUAGAAAAAAAUUUAUUAAGAUCCGAUAGUACAAUCGUUUCGAUCUUAUCACCUGGUUCUACUUAUUCUAAUUUAGAUUUAAAUGAUUUAUCUUUGAAAAAAGUUUAUCAGAGUGGGGUUUGGAGAGCUUCUUUUUUAAUACAACAAGGUAAACGAGAUUCAAUGGUGACUGAUGCAUUAACUUUAUAUUUUAAUCGACAAAAUCCUUCAAUGAGAUUUUAUCAUUUGUUUCCAGGUUAUGUAGAAACUUCUGCUGCUUCGAAUCGGAAUUUACCGUUUCCGAUUCCACAAUUAGGGAACCUUUUCGGUCCGAUCUUGGCUCGUACGAUUGGUAAUACUCCUCAAAGUUAUUCAGAUAUUCCAAUUUAUUUUGCAGCAAAUCCAGAAGUCAAAGAAAAGUUUCAAAAUCAAGUUUGUUUUAAUGAAAAACUUGUACCGAUCGAAUCUUCAGAUUGGUCAAAAGAUCAUUCAAAUCAAGAAUCAAUUUAUCAAAAACUUUCUUCUUUCUUUUCUUCUUGA